GGAGUGUGGUGGCAUAGGGCGGCGAUGCAGGCCCCUCCCUGUGGCGCGCCGCCUCGCUGCCGCCUCAGUCGAGUCGACAUCGCGCCAAGUCGCACCGGUCCGCUGCUAUAGCGCCACGGCCGCGCGUAAAAAGUUUCAACUAAUCCGAAACUUACGAGCGUAGUGACAAUACUCCUAAACUGAUGCUAAACAUUAGCCAAAUAAAUUUCAAUACUGUGACACUUUAAGAACUGAUUUUACGAGUUUGUGUUAUUUAAUUAGAUUUUAUUUCUGUGAUCUAUCUAUUAUUAGUAGAAAGAAAAAAAGACAAGACCAAUUUUCAAUAUUUUUUCUAGAAUCGAAAGGAUUUUCAUUCUGUUUCCUAAACAUUUAUCUAGAAGUUUCAUUAUAAAUAACAAUAUUUGCAUACUUUAGUAAGUGGUAGUAAAAGUAAAUCACAAUAGCGUCGAGACGCGAACUUUCAAGCUUAAGAUUGCAAAGACUAUGUCCUGUGUCAUCGAUGGGAUGUUCAGACGGUGACGGCGUGUGGACAGCAGGCGGCAGGCUGGGCUCGGAGGCAGUCAACUUGAUGCUGCUCCAAGGUGAAGGGAGAGAGCGGCAGGGGCCCGCCAUGGAGGAGGAUUGCUCCGCGCGCCCCUGUGCCACUGAUUUCUCCAUCGCUGCUAUAAUGGCAAGAGAUCGACAAGAAAGAAGAGAGAGGCGGAGACACAGGGACCCUCGUGAGGACACACUCACACCCUUAGAGAAAUUUGUGGACGCAACUGCAUCAGCAUCUGGGUCACCUUCCCCACCUUUGGCGGAGUACGAACGCGACUCUCCCGUAGACGUGUCAUCGACGUCAGAGGCAGGCUCGGCGAGUGGCGCAGCGAGUGGCUCGCGAGCACUCUCCCCACCUCCGCGGAACCCUCAGCUUGUCGAGCGAUGGUCGAGCGAGGACAUGCGGCACAUACAGUGUCACCUUGAGACGAAAGAACUCUGGGACAAAUUCAAUGAAUUAGGAACUGAGAUGAUCAUCACAAAAACUGGGAGACGCAUGUUUCCGACGGUGCGCGUAUCGUUCGCGGGAUGUCGUGCAGAGGCGCGGUACACGGUCUUACUUGACGUAGUACCGGUGGACGGCAAACGGUACCGGUAUGCAUACCACCGGUCGUCGUGGCUGGUCGCCGGCAAGGCGGACCCGCCCGCCCCCGCGCGGCUCUACCCGCACCCCGACUCACCCUUCUCUGGUGACCAGCUUCGCAAGCAAGUGGUCUCCUUUGAGAAGGUCAAGCUGACCAACAAUGAAAUGGAUAAGAAUGGACAGUUGGUGCUAAAUUCAAUGCACAAGUACCAACCACGCAUCCACUUGGUUUUACGUCGAGAAGGUGCCCUCAAUGCUCCUAUCACCGAUCUCGAGCAGGAAGAAUUCAAGACUUUCAUAUUCCCUGAAUGUGUUUUCACCGCAGUCACGGCGUACCAGAAUCAACUUAUCACAAAACUGAAAAUCGACAGUAAUCCAUUCGCGAAGGGUUUCCGUGACUCUUCACGUCUCACUGAAUUUGAAAGAUUCUACGUCACGGGGCAGCAUGAUGGAACAUCCUCCUACCCCGAUGACGUGCGCUUCAGCGCUGCUAAUCAUAGAGAAACGAUGGAGUCGAUGCUUGCGGAGCAACAUUAUUUGAGGUCACCUCUUCGGCCGUUCGAUCUCGACCAACACAACAAUAAUCUGACGUUAGAGGAGAAGGCGAUAUUGGCUGCGCGGUCACAGCUGUUUCUACGGGCCGCGUAUCCUCUGUACGGGGUGCCAGCUGCAGCGUUGUGGGGCCAGUGGGCAUGCUUGGCCCCGCAGUUACUAGCACAGCAGCAUCUAGCGGCGUCUGGGUCGGGGCUGCAGCUGCCUCGGCCGCUGUACCCCGGUGCACUGCCGGCGACAACCCAGCACCGAUUCUCCCCAUAUCCGCCGCAUCCGCCGCGACGCUCGUCUCCCGGCUCCUCGCCAGACUCGCUCCGUGACGCGAGUCCGCACCCGCCGCCACUCACCCCCCAAACACCGCAUACGCCCCACACACCGCACCCCCCACACAGCCCCACUUAGUAACAUAGCAGUAAAUAAAAACCUCCCCGAGGUCCCCCUACACCCGACAGUACUCUUUAUGGUGUGUACUCUGUGAAAAAAUGCAAGAUGCAAUGUGGCUCACUUGAUAACCGCUUGGAAUUGUAAACAAUACCGCCGUCGGUGCUCGACUCGACAUAAGUCGUGGCUCUUGCGCCAUGGGACAAUUAAAUUGCCUCAAGUUGGAGAAGUCUAGUUGAAAUGGAGACGACAUUUGUAACAUAUUGUACUAUACAUAUUUAAUUAUAAUUUAAACUUGUAAUUAUAUUGUUAUAUAUAUCUUUAAUUAUGUUCCUAAAAGUAUUAUAUCGUAGUGAUGGUUUCAAGAACUUCAUGUUAUAGCUCUAGUGUAUUAGAAUUAAAUACAUUGAACGGAAGCAUUUGGUAGUUUUUUAUGUUUGUUUUGUAUGAACCUCACGGUUCCUUUUGUAUAAGUUGGCUGUCGGUCGCACCUGAUUUCCGCUUUUUCAGGUAAAUUGUGCAAUAUAACAGAAAAGCAAAAUUGUUUUAGAGAACUUACGCGUGUAGGUAUAGUUUGUUUAGAUGUAGACUUAAGUAAAUUGUAGGAAUUGUACCUACCUAUUCGCUGUCUGUGUUUAUUGUGAAUUCCAUAUUUGUGGAUAAGAUGCAACGGACAAUUAGGAGUACCUACAUAGUUACUUUGUAGUUAAAUUAUAGUUAUUAUAGAUAAUAUAUUGCUAAAGAAUAAACAAAUUAAAUGUUUGUUAACAUA